AUGGCAAACCAAACGGUUACGAGGAAUGCAGCUGCAGUAACAAUCACCGAGCAAGCAGCCGUGGUGGAUCAGGUGGUGAUCCGAUUGGCUCCGCGGCGGAGAGUGCAGUGGACGGAGGAAACGGUGGAUAACGAGCAUCUGAACAGGAAGAACUCAAAGAGUGAGUGUGUCUCUACUCAUGCAUGCGCCUCUUCCUCCCCUAUUGCUGACCCCGCGUCCCGCUCUCCUGCGUUCGCGCGGUGCCCCUCUCCUCCGCGCGCUAGCCCUAUUUCCCGCGGAACAUCCGCAUUGCGGAAAGCGCACCCCGCGGAACAGCUAGCCCCGUUUGCGCAAUCCCCAUCCGCCUACGCGCGGAAAAACCGUUCCGCAAACGUCACUCCCGCGGCCAGCGCCUCGAGCCAAUCAGUCGUCGCGAGCGACGAAUCUCGACCGUCCGAUCUCGUCGAAACCCCCUACUGCCCGCUUCCGCCAAUGGCUGAUCCGUCCGAUGCGCUCGUGCUGGCGUUGCACGAAGUCGAGGCCGUGAAAUUCGGCAGUUUUAAGCUUAAGAGCGGAAUAUGGUCGCCGAUUUACAUAGAUCUGCGCGUGAUCGUAUCGUAUCCAAAGCUGCUGCAGCAGGUGGCCGAUGCGAUGUGGGCGCUCGUGUGCCCGUCGGUCAUCGGCGAAUCCGACGCCGCUGCGAAAUUCGACAACGUCUGCGGAGUGCCGUACACCGCGUUACCCAUCGCCACGGCCAUUUCGCUCUCGCGAAACGUGCCGAUGGUCAUGCGAAGGAAGGAGGUGAAAGGGUACGGCACGCGGAAGGCCAUCGAAGGGGCCUUCCAGACCGGCCAGCAUUGCCUCGUUAUUGAGGACCUCGUUACAAGCGGAGCCUCCGUUAUGGAAACUGUAGAACCGCUUAACGAAGUGGGGUUAAAAGUAACCGACGUGGUUGUCCUUAUCGAUAGGGAACAAGGCGGCGCCGCGCAUCUCGCGGCGCGGGGGCUGCGGCUCCACGCGGCGCUGACGCUGACACAUGUCGUCACGGCAUUGGUCAAGCACGGCAAGCUGACCAAUGACGUGGCAGAGUCCGUCACCAAAUUCAUCGCGGAGAAUCAAACCGCAAAUCCCGCCGCUGCCCCCGCCGUUGCCCUCGCCGCUGCCCCUGCCCCUGCUGUAACCGUUACCCCUGUAACCGCCGCUCCUUCGCGAAAGUCGUACGCCGCUCGCGCGGCCCUGGCGAAGAAUGAGGUGGGGCGGCGGCUGUGGGAGAUCAUGGAGCGGAAAAAGACAAACCUGUCGGUGGCUGCUGACGUGGAGUCGGCGGAAGAACUGCUCAAGCUGGCGGAAACGAUCGGGUCGGAGAUCUGCGUCCUCAAGACCCACGUGGACAUUCUUCCUGAUUUCACUCCCGAGUUCGGCAAGCGCAUCCGCGAGAUCGCCACGCGGCUGGACUUCCUGGUGUUUGAGGACCGCAAGUUUGCAGACAUUGGUAACACGGUUACCAUGCAGUACAGCGGGGGCAUCUACAAGAUCUCAGAAUGGGCUGACAUUAUCAACGCGCAUGGUGUGCCGGGGCCAGGCAUCAUUCAGGGGCUCAAGCAGAAGGGAGGUUCCCUUCUCCUGCUGGCGGAAAUGAGUUCAGCAGGCACCCUGGCCCACUCCACCUACACCGCUUCAAUGCUGAGAAUGGCGCUCACCCACUCGGACUAUGUCAUCGGAUUCAUCUCCAUCCACCCAGGGGGGUGGCGUAGUGGUGCCACUGCUGCCGCUGCUGGAGGUGCAGCGUGUGAGGAGCUGGCAGCGGCAGUGAGGGAGGCGGAGGCGGCAGGGAUGUGGGAUACGUUGGUGCACAUGACGCCAGGCGUGCAGCUGGCUGCUGGGGGGGACGCGCUGGGACAGCAAUACAACACUCCAGACGCGGUGAUCAAGCAGCGCGGCUCCGACAUUAUUAUUGUGGGCCGGGGAAUCAUCAAGGCGGCCGACCCGCUGGAAGCUGCCAGGAAGUAUCGCGAGGCUGGGUGGACGGCGUACGAGGAAAGCCUUGCUGCCAGUGCUGCUGCUGGUGCGCAGCUCCAAGAGCCCGGCGAUGACGACGAUGACGUGGCGCUAUCGGACGAUGAUGCGGGCAGGGUUUCGGGUUUACCGCGCAAAAAGGGUUUAUCGCGGAAGGAGCAGCGGCGGCAGCAGCGGCAAAAGAAGCAGCAGAAGCGGCAGGAAUGGGCGCAGCAGCGUGCGGGGGGGCGGAAAGGGGGGAGCGCAGGGGGAGGCGCAGGGGGAAGCGCGAAGGGCGCGGAAGGGGACACGGGAUCAGGUGCACGGGGGAAGGGGGUGGGCGGAAAGCAGAGUGCAACGACAGAGGCUGGUCGAAUAGGACAAAAUGGCACUGUAGCAGCGGGAAAAAGCGGAAGUACGACUGUUGGCGGAAAGAGAAAAGCGGCGGUGGUGGCGAGUGGAGGGGGGAAAGGGAUGGCGGGGGGACAGGGGGGUGCAGUAGGGGAGGAAACGAGGCAGCGAGGGGCGAAAGAAGUAGCUGAGGGGAAGGGCACGAAGGCAGGAGCAAGAGAGGGGGCGAAGGAGGGGAAGAAAGAGGGAGCGAACGCAGAGAAGAGCGAAGGGAUUAAAGAAGGGAAGAAGGAAGGAAAGAAAGAGGGGAAGAGAGAGGGAAAGAGUGGGGAGGAGAGGGAGGUGAAGAGGAGGAGGAUGACCAACUUUGAGAGGCUCUUAGAGAUGGAAGAGAAUGGAGGGAUGACUGUGAGAGAGGAGGAGGAGGAGGAGAGGCGGCUUGCUAAAAAGCUGAAUGUGAAAGGUGGGGUUUUGCCGGGGUCUAAGGAUGGUUUGGAAGGGUUUUUAGGAUUUGGGGGGAGUGAUGAGGAGGAUGGGUGGGGUGGGAUGGAGGUAGGUUUAGGGGAUUCAGAAGAUGAGGAUGAGGAUGAAGAAGAGGAGGGUUUGGAAGGGUUUAGUGAGGAGGAUUAUAGUGAGGAUGGGAUGGAGAAUGGGGAGGAGGAGAGCGAGGAAGGAGAGGAAGGGGAAGAAGGGGAGGAGGGAGAGGAGGGUGAGGAGGGAGAGGAGGGAGAGGAAGGGGAGGAAGGGGAGGAAGGAGAGGAGGGAGAGAUGGAGGAGGAGGAAGAGGAAUUGCUGGGUUUUGUUGAGGAGGAUGGGGAGUGGUCAGGUGAUGGUAGUGAGGACGGAGAGGAGGGGGAGGAGGGAGAGGAAGAAGAGGAGGAGGAAGGGGAGGAGCGGGAGGACGAGGAGGAAGAGGUGGGUGGAGCAGCAGCAGCGGAAGGAGAAAAGCGCACAAGUGCUGUGGCGAAUCAAAAAGUAGGAGAGGGGGGCAAAUACGUGCCGCCUCAUUUGAGACGAGCAGCGGUAGCAGGAGCAGGGGGCGAGGACGAUGCUGCUGAGCGGCAGCGGGUGAUCCGACGGCUGAAGGGUGAGCGCUGCAUGAUCGGAUGGCUGAGAGCAGUGUUUGCGGCAUUUGUUGCUGCCACGGCCGCCACCGUUGGGAUCGACUUUACAGCCAACUUCGCAGCCACCCUUGCCACUCGCUUCGAGGCCCUAUACGAAGCAGAUGAAGCUCUGGGCUUGCGCAAUCUCACCAUGCUGCUCGCCUACCUUUACGUAUUCAAGCUGCUUGCGCCGGAGGUGAUAUACUCGUUUUUAGCUCGCCUUACAGAGGGAUUCAGAGAGCUCGAUGUUGCUGCCAUGAUUAACUUGCUACAGUCGUGCGGGCUUUCCCUGAGAGCCCAUGACCCGGUGGCAAUGAAGGAGUUUAUCUUGGCUGUUCAGAGCAAGGCGGCAGAUAUACGGAGGCAAGCACAGGAGGCACAGAGCGAAGCCGCUGCUGGUGGUGCUUCUGGUGGUGGUGCUGGUGGUGGUGCUGCAAAGGCAGUGCCAGUGCUGAGCAAGCGGGUCGAGUUCAUGCUCGAAACAAUCACAGACAUCAAGAACAACCGAGCGCCACGCAACGCCGGUCGCAGGGGAGGAAGUGGGACCAUGGGAGGAACAGGGGGGGCAGGGGGAGCAGGGGGAGUAGUCAUGGGGGGAGGGGGGGCGGCUGUAGGGGGAGGGGGAGCGGGAGGGGGAGGGGCUGCGGGGAAGGGGAAGGGGAAGGGGGCGGUGAGCGUGUUUACAAAGGGAGGGGGGGGAGCAGAGGCGAUUGAUGGCAGCACGGCCGUUUCCCGCCUGCAGAAGUGGCUGCUCAAGCGUCCAGUGGAAACCGUUCAGCUACGGUCGCUGACGUGGCAGCGUCUGAUUGACCCGCACAAGCACGGCCAAUGGUGGCAAACCUCCUCCUCCCAGCCCCUUGGCUCCCUACCCGCCACGUCAGCAGCACUGGGCGGCAGCGGCAGCGCCAGCCUGGCGGUCCAGCUGGCGGGGAACGCGCUGCUGAACGCUGCUGACGUGGCGGAAGCUGAGAGGCUGAUGCAGCUGGCAGCGGCGCAGAGGAUGAACACAGACGCCAGGCGGGCGGUGUUCUGUGUGAUUAUGAGCGCCGAGGACUAUAUCGAUGCCUUUGAGAAACUGUUGAGAUUGGGACUACCAGGGAAACAGGACCGGGAGAUUCUGAGGGUGCUAGUGGAGUGUUGCCUCCAAGAAAGGCACUUCAACAAGUACUACUCUCUGCUGGCCGCCCGUCUCUGCUCGCAUGCUCGGAGCCACAAGUUCAGUCUGCAGUACUGCCUGUGGGACCACUACCAGCAGCUCCCUGACAUGGACCCCCGCCGCUCACUGCACCUCGCUCAGUUCGCCGCCCAGAUUGUCGGCAACCACGCGCUCUCCCUCGCGCUCCUCAAGCCUGUGGAUUUUGCAGACCCAGCAGCGAUGCAUGCGCGCAUAGCAACCCACUUCCGCCUCUUCUUCCUCUUCCUCCUCUCCUCCUUCCCAACCGUCACCCUCUGGUCCAUCUUCUCCCGCAUCGCCGGCCCAACCAACCUCGGCCCGCUACGAGACGGAAUCCUCCUCUUCUUUGCCGCCCACCUCUCGUCACACGCGCCGUCCACACGCCAACUGCUACAGUACAUCAGGAGCGAGGGGGGGAGUGAGGGUGGGGGGGCAGCUGCAGGUGUGGGCAAGGGAGGGAAGGAGGAGAAGGUUCUAGAAGAGAGGUUGAGAUUGGCUAAGAAAGCGAUUGCAAACAUUGCUGGGACUCCUUACGGGUAG